CUGUUCCUGAAUAGAGAAACUAGAUUUGUUUGGUAACGCAGUUACUUACUGAAACAGUUAGUAUUGCCACAGCAAGUACAGGGAUAAAACCAACUACAGAUAUCGACAAUGGAUGAUCGUGUGCUUGAUCUCACCGAGUCACAGAAAGUUACCAAAUCAAAAUACCCAGCGAUCAACAAGAAGUAUGAAUAUUUGGACCAUACUGCGGAUGUACAGCUCCACUCUUGGGGAGAUUCUUUGGAGGAGGCCUUUGAACAGUGUGCCAUGGCAAUGUUUGGGUACAUGACAGAUACAGAGACAGUGGAGCCCAUUGACACAGUAGAGGUAGAGUCAGAAGGUCAUGACAUGGAAUCUCUUCUCUUCCACUUCCUGGACGAUUGGCUAUUCAAAUUUAGUGCAGAUCUUUUCUUCAUUCCCAGAGAGGUUAAAGUGUUGCACCUUGACAGGAUACACUUCAAAAUCCGUUCCAUUGGAUGGGGAGAAGAGUUCAGCUUGGCCAAGCAUCCACAGGGGACAGAGGUCAAGGCCAUCACUUACUCAGCAAUGCAGAUCCAUGACAUUGACAAGCCUGAAAUAUUUGCCAUCAUCGACAUCUGAAGAUAUUACUAAAGAGAAUCUGUCCCAAAAAGGAAAUAAGGCUAUCAGAGCAAACCUUUAUGUGCCUUGGUAAAUGUCCAUUUGAUUCAGGGCAGUAGCAUAGGUUUUUAUAAUGAACAUUUGAUCCCGGACUAAAUGUUGAUUGUUUACAGAUAUAACGAAGCAGUCAUUAUACAUCUUAAAUUGAAAUGCUUUGAGUAAUCAGGGCAUUUAAGUGGUGUUGACUGAGGAAUUAAAAUAAAUAAGAUUAUUUUUUUUAAUUGGAUAAUCAUCAGACUAUCUGAUCAGCCUGCCAAAAGGGCACUAUUGCAUGAAUGUAUACCCCUACUUGUAGGGAUUUUAAAGGACUUUGUCAAUAAAGGUGACAAGUGGUGUUUACUACAACUUAUAUUCUGCUGUCCCAGUCAUAAACACACUAAAGUAUCCAGGCUAGGUACUAAUUGUGAAUAGUCUUGGAGUGGUUAAAUAAGUAUAUGAUUAGGACCAAAUUAAUUGGUACCACUUUUCACCACAGUUUAAUGCAGCUGUUUUUAUCUCAAUGUCAAAUUAGUUCUGUUUAACAAAGUACCAUAUUGUGAUUAAUUAAAAUGGUCACAAGGAAAACAAUGUUUUUGGCAAUAUAUUCUUUUAAAUUAUUUUGCUUGGACUGUCUGAUUGGGGAGGGUAGACUGGAAAGUAGCUGUAAUCAGGAUUAGGACUGUCACGGUAAUAGAUUUUCACUACACGAUUAUCAUGUCCAAAAUAAUUCACGGUAACAAUAUUAUCAUGGUAUCUACCGAAAAUAAAUAACCAAUCAAAUUAAUCUU